AUGGUGAUGAGCUACGGUUGCCCGACAAGUACAAAACUGACAUGGAUCUUGGCGUCGCUGCUCAUCCUGGUCAGGACGAUUCAAGUCCAAGCCCAGCUUCCUAAAGGGUUCAUAAACAUCGAUUGUGGAUGGAAAAACAGUAGUAGCUACAUGGACGACGUCUUAGGAAUGCCGUACACUUUCGAUGGUGAAUAUGUCGAGAGCGGUGUGAGCCAUGAGAUAUUACCCGAGUUUAUGGCUGAUUCCGAAAAUAAGCAAGAAAUAACCCUGAGGAGCUUCCCUGACGGCUCAAGAAACUGCUAUACACUGUCAUCCACCACCGGUAAGAAGUAUCUACUGAGGGCCACAUUUACUUACGGCAACUACGAUAUGUUGAACAAGACUCAGGACGGGUCACUGUUUCUGUUUGGGCUCCAUAUCGGCGUCAAUUUCUGGGCGACGGUAAACUUGUCAAAUUCGGAUCCAGCACAAACGGUAUGGAAGGAGGUGAUCACCGUUGCUCCAAGCAAGUCUCUGUCCGUCUGCCUGAUAAACUUCGGUUCAGGGGUUCCCUUCAUAUCGACGUUGGAGCUGAGGCCACUGCUAGAUGCGAUGUACCCUUUUGUCAAUACCUCUGUGUCAGUCAGCAACUUUCAGCGGUUCAGAUUUGGCAACGUCAACACUUUUAUCACAAGAUAUCCGACGGACUAUUAUGACCGGUGGUGGGAUAGCUUUUCUAUGAGCGUGGACUACUCCUCCAUGAUCAGCUUGAACACCAGCAAUAACAUGGAGAGCCUCCCCGGCAACAGCGCCUUCAACGUGUCAUCGGCCAUCUUGCAGAAUGCCACGACUAAAGACACGAACCAGUCCUCCAUUACCAUCAACGUAGCAGCACCUCCCAAUCUAGGGGACAAUGACCUUCAGCUUCUCCCCAUCUUUCACUUCGCCGAGAUCAACAUGACCAACCUGAACAGGAGGUUCGACAUCUACAGCAAUGAUGUACUGAUGUUCGCAGACUUCUCCCCAUCACGAUUCCAAGUGGACAGCAUGUACAAAAGCGGACAGUUCAUGCAGACCGCGUAUGGAUACUUUUUCUUGAACAAGACAUCCAACUCGAGUCUUCCGCCGCUCAUCAACGCGCUUGAACUGUACUCGCUUGUUCGUAUGGAUAGCCUCACCACUGACUCCGGCGAUGUCAAUUACAUGAAACAAAUCAAGACGUACUAUAAAUUGGCACGAACAAGCUGGAAUGGAGAUCCAUGCUCCCCAAGAGAGUAUUCCUGGGAAGGUUUGAUUUGCGACCACUCCAAGAGCAACCAGAAUCCGAGGAUUGUCACAGUAAAUCUGUCAACCAGUGGACUGAGAGGUGGAUUCGCCAUAUCAUUCAUGAACAUGACAUCGCUAGAAAACUUGGAUUUAUCACACAACAAUUUGACGGGAGCUAUUCCAGACUAUCAGCUAAAGUCACUUAAAGUUCUUGACUUGUCAAAUAACAAGAUAGAUGGACCAAUCCCUGAUUCUAUUCUUCAAAGAUUUCAAGCCGGUUUGCUUGAUCUCAGAUUAGAAGGCAAUCCUGUAUGCUCAAAAGUUAAAGAUACGUACUGCUCAAAGAAGAAGAAAAGCAUGCCUAUCUUACUCAUCGCAGUGAUAGUUCCUGUUGUACUGAUAUCCCUCCUAGUAAUGAUGUGCAUACUCUGGAAGUUAUGCUGGAAAGGGAAAUCAAUAGACAACGAGGAUUAUGCUAUGUAUGAAGAGGAAACUCCCCUACAUAUCGACAUCAGACGGUUCACGUAUGCAGAGCUGAAGCUCAUAACAAAUGACUUCAAAACAAUCGUUGGAAAGGGAGGUUUCGGUAUGGUUUAUCACGGCACACUAGAAAAUAGCGACGAAGUAGCUGUUAAGGUGCUUAUGGAGACAUCAAUUGCAGACUCAACAGACUUCCUCCCCGAGGUACAAACCUUGUCCAAAGUUCAUCACAAGAAUCUUGUGGCUUUGAAAGGAUAUUGCCAAAACAAGAAAUGCCUCGCACUCGUUUAUGACUUCAUGUCCAGAGGAAAUCUUCAACAACUUAUAAGAGGAGGAGAUGACGAUGGUGCGAAUUGGGAACAACGACUUCAAAUCGCACUUGAUGCUGCACAAGGGCUGGAGUAUCUACAUGAGUCAUGCACCCCAGCAAUAGUUCACAGAGAUGUGAAGACCCCCAACAUCCUUCUGGACAAGAAUCUGGUGGGGAUAAUAUCUGAUUUUGGGCUUUCGCGAGCUUUUGAUGAUGCUCACACACACAUAUCUACUGUUGCUGCUGGAACUCUUGGCUACCUCGACCCUGAGUAUCAUGCAACUUUCCAACUCACUGUGAAGACAGACGUUUACAGCUACGGCAUUGUGUUGUUGGAGAUCAUCACCGGCCAACCUCCAGUAAUCAUGGCCCCUCAAACCGUUCACCUACCAAACUGGGUACGCCAAAAGAUCGCCAAAGGCAGCAUUCAUGAUGUCGCGGACAAGAGGUUGUUGGAUCAGUACGAUGCCAGUUCCCUGCAGAGUGUGAUAGACCUUGCCAUGAACUGUGUCGAGAGUGCAGCCAUCGACAGGCCUACCAUGGCCGAGGUUGUUUCUAGGCUCAAAGUGUGGUUGCCGGCAGUUUCGAGCGAAAAGCAGUCUGUUUCUGCUUCAGCUUGGCGUACGCACUCCGUGGAUGCUGAAACUCGAAAGCAGUUCCAGUUGAUGAUUUCUGACGAGGAGAGCUCCUUUAUAUCUGGUUAUACUGACGGGCCGUCAGAAUUAAACCCCUUAUCUGGACGGUGAAAGAAAAAUGCAUACUGAGUUAUUUGUACAUUUGGUUAGAUAAAGUUUAGUAAUGUGCUCAUCUGCAUCGUCGUGA